AUGGGCAAUCCUGCUCCUCAACAAGCAACAGCUGCUGCAGCUGGUAGUUCUGCCGCAGCCGCAACUGCCGCAGGGCAGCCAGCCAUUACAGGCACGGGUGCUCUGCCGUUUGAAAACCUACCGUCGGCAGGCAUGCUCUUCCAACCGAUUCUGCGGCCGGUUCCCCAGUUUCUGUCCGAAGUGCGCGCAGAUCUAGACCAACCAGUGCACCUGGACAUCACACCGCGAGGCCUGGACAAUCCGAUGAUGCUCUGCUACCGAAACUCAGUGCUUGUGGCGCUGCUGAACACGAACCGGAUUCUGACCUUUCUGCACACGCACAUGCGACAGGCCCGCCGCUUCUAUAGCCACCACCAGGUUAGCGGCCACCUGCUCACACGUCUCUACCACCUGGCCGUGGCCUACUGGGACCGCAAUGGCCAGCACCCAAUGAGCCCGAGCGACAACUACGAGCGUCUGGUCACCCUCUUCUGGCGUGCGUGCAAGGCGGACAGUGUCAUGGUUGACAACUCGGGUGUCCAGCACGUGGUGGAAUGCUGGCUGACGCUUUGCAAUCAGCAGCCUGGCCAAAACGGCGCUGUCGAGCUCUUCAGACGACAGCAGGACGCCAUAGACCUGUUCAAGUGGAUCUGGGACACGGUUAUCUACCAGCUGAGCUGGCACCCGGAACAGUACGGCAAUGGCCAGGCUCUGCACAACUUCAGCUCCAUGUUUGCGGUGUGUCUGACGACGCGCUACGUGUGCCAUCUGUGCAACAACCGGGUGCGGCUGCGCAGACAAGAGACCGAAACUAGCCUCAGCAUCCCCAUCUCUAUUCCGGGACGGCCGCCGCGACCUGGCGCGCGCACACAGCGUCUCGUGGACCUGCUGGAGCGCGAGCUGAACGUGGAGCUCGCGGAUGGGAAGCGCUGUGACCGCUGCCAACAGACAGCAAAGCCAGGGAUGGCACUGAAGCGGCUGCAGGCUACACCGGAAGUGCUGACGAUCCAACUGAUGCGCCUGCAUUGGAACCCGCAGGCCAACACGACCACCAAAAUGCACGACGUAGUCGACUUUCCGCAGUUCCUCGACGUCUCUCGAUGGCUCGAGCCGCACGUCUACGGCAGCCAGAGCCGUGUGCUGUACCGGCUAGCCGCAGUCAUCAGCCACAGCGGCAACGGGCAGGGCGGCCACUACGUGACGUUUGUGCGCCGCCAGGAGGCCAUCCGCACGUUUGCGCAGCUGUCGGACCCGACGGUGGUCUGGACAGCCAAGCAGGCCGACGAGCAGCUGCAGCGGACCAUCAACGACACGAUGCGCCAAGAAGGCGUGCUGCGGCCGGGAUCAGACCAGGUCAUCGGCCAGAGCACAGGACCUUUCGACGACCACUGGCCGGUGCCGGACAAGAAGCGGGUCUGCGAGCUCGAGGCUCUGGACAGCGGUUGGCUGCGCAUCAGCGACACGCAGGUGGCUGACAAUGUGCCCUUCCGCAAGGUCAACAACACGUCGCGCGACGUCGACCAUCAGGUCGGCAGCGCCGACUGGUUCGACCCCAUCCUGCUGCUCUACGAGAAGAUGGUGGAGGAGUUCCACGACGACCCCAUCGUGGGCGAGCGUGUGUUCCAGCAGCCCAUGAACGCCGGCGCAGGUCACGACAAUGAUGUCCCGCCGACGGAUCAGGGCGUCCCGGCAGUGGUGGUUGGCGAGCCGGCUUGGGUUUUUGCAGACAAUUGCAACCCGGACGGCGGUGACGGAAACGGCGGCGACGGUGGCGACGGUGGCGACGGUGGCAGCGCAAUGCAAGGCAUCGUGGGCGGCGACAAGGCCAAACCAGCAGUCUUAGCGACGCCUGAACCGGCCAAGAAGAGCUUCAAAAACAGUCCCAAGAAGGGCCUGAAGAAGAGCCCCAAGAGCACCCCCAAGAACAGCCCCCAGAAGAUUUCCAAGAGAAAACAGCCGACAGGCAAGUCUGCUGAGCUGGCAAAGAAACGGCGGGACUCUCGUCUCAAGCAACUAUGA